AUGUCUUCCACUUUUGCAACCCUCCCAGCCAAUAAGAAAUCGAAUCCGACUCCCUUUACUGUGGCUAUUCCGGAAGAGCAACUCAGUGACUUCCGAAACCUUUUAGAGCUCUCGAAAAUUGGGCCAAAGACGUAUGAAAACGAAUUAACUGAUGGCCGGUUCGGCAUUAGCCGAGACUGGUUGGUUCAAGCCAAAGAAGAGUGGCUGAAAUGGGACUGGCGUACCUGCGAGAAACAUAUUAAUAACUUUCCCAACUUUAUUCAGCCUAUCACAGAGAACGGCGACGUUUUCAACAUUCACUUUGUCGCACUAUUCUCUCAAAAACUCGAUGCGAUUCCACUGCUUUGCUUGCACGGUUGGCCAGGUAACUUUCUGGAAUUUUAUUCCAUUUUACGUAUCCUAGCCGAACGAUACUCUCCUGAGACGCUUCCGUAUCAUGUUAUCGUCCCUUCUUUGCCUGGCUACGCUUUCUCUUCGCCGCCGCCCCUCGAAAGAGACUUUCAGCUUCAGAACAUCGCAAGCAUUAUGAACUCAUUGAUGAUUGAGCUGGGAUUUGGCAAUGGAUAUGCUGUACAAGGAGGAGAUAUUGGCAGCAAAGUUUCACGUGUUCUAGCUGCAACUUUCGAUACAGUAAAAGCCGUUCAUAUUAACUUCUGUAUCAUGCCUGAGCCGGAGGGUAUCAUGGAUAGUGAUAUUAGCGAAGUAGAGAAGCAAGGCUUGGAGAGAUCCGGUAUAUUCAAGGCGCUAGGCUCUUCAUACGCUUUGCAGCAUGCAACAAAACCCAGCACAAUUGGGCUUGUGCUUGCCUCAAACCCAAUUGCGCUUCUUGCAUGGAUUGGAGAAAAGUUUGUCGCCUGGACAGAUGAAGAUCCUCCAAUGGACGAGAUUCUGUCUUCAGUUACGCUAUAUUGGCUAACGGAGACCUUUCCUCGGUCUAUCUACCCAUACCGACAGCUAUUUACUCCCGGCCUUAUUGGAGCUCAUGAGAACCCUGAGUGGUAUAUCAAAAAGCCUUUCGGAUAUUCCUUCUUCCCGAAGGAACUUGCACCAAUCCCUCAGGCUUGGGUUAAAUCAACUGGCACUCUCGAGUUCUAUCGCCAGCACGAGAGUGGCGGUCAUUUUGCUGCCAUGGAAAAGCCAGAAAUUCUGCUCGCCGACGUGGAGGAAUUUCUCAAGCAGGUGUGGAAACAAUGA